GCUCACAAUCUCCAUACUUUUAGUUCAUUUUGGUGGCAUUGGUUUGAGCCUUGAAGUUACAGAGAAUUAGCAGAAAGAGAGAGAAGGAAGAGAAAGAUGCGACUUGGAUUCGUGGGUCCCAAGCAUCAACCAUUCCCUUCUAACUUCAAACCCAUACUUUUUCUUUUCUUUUUUUAAAAAAAAUUCAAAAUCCUAAUUUUCCUCUUUUCUUUCUUCCUAUUUAUAAACCCUUCACAGCUUCAUUUUCUUCUUCACCCCUCAAUUCCCACGUGGACACUCGCCUUCUUCCUCUUCCUCUCUUUUCAUAAUUUCAUACAAACCCACCAUUGGUAAUUCAAUGUCCAAUUUCAAAUCCAACUUAUCUCUCACAACAACUGAUCUAGAUAUGAAUCAAGAUCAAAUGGAUACUAAUCACAAUGAGUUUCAUCAAUGCAGUUUUCCCCGGCAACAAGGUAACCCAACUUCCCUUUCACCUCUACCUUUUAAGAAGACCCCUGACCCUGAAAAUCACCACCCAAUUCACCCAUUCCAUUCAAUUUCUCAGCACUCAUUCCCUUUCUUGACUCCACCCUCCUCUGUUUCUUCUCCUGCCUCUACAAGACCUUUGUUUCCUUUUGCUUUGGAACCAUCCCAAUUCAAAACAGACCCUCUUGCACCUAUGGUCCAUCAACCUCCUUCACUUCUGCCACACCAUAAUCAAUUCGUGGCACCGCCACUUGCUUCAACCCAAAACGGAUUCGGCUACCCACCCUACUUCAUGGGAGAAUUCGCAUCGUUUCAACAACAACAACAAAAGCAGCAGCAGCAUCACCAAUUUCUUCAGUAUUGGAAUGAGUCUCUUGAUUUGAAUUCAAAGGCAGGGUUUAGGCCUCAGGUGCGGCCUUUAAAUGCCACAAAGCUAUACAGAGGAGUUAGGCAGAGACAUUGGGGGAAAUGGGUGGCUGAGAUUCGUCUUCCUCGAAACAGGAAUCGUCUCUGGCUCGGCACAUUCGACACCGCUGAAGAUGCUGCCCUAGCCUACGAUCGAGAGGCUUUCAAAUUGAGAGGAGAGAAUGCAAGGCUUAAUUUUCCUGAACUCCUUCUCAAUAAAGAUAAAGAAGCAGAAGAAGAAGAAGAAGAAGCCUCACAAGCUUCAGCUCCUCAACAGGAUGUAGACAAUAACAAUCAUGACAAUGACAUAGAAUUAGAGUCCAAUAAUGAGGGUGUGACAGAGGAAAACAGACAAGAAGAAGAAGAAGAAGAAGAAGAAGAAGAAGAAGAAGAAGAGGAAGAAGGUAUUUCAAAGACACAAGAAAUGGUUUGGAGAGAAAUGGCAGAGGCUUGGUUAAACGCGAUGCCAGCCGGUUGGGGCCCUGGUAGCCCUGUGUGGGAUGAUUUAGACACAACCAAUAAUCUUCUACUGCAGCCACAGCUUCAAUUUGUUAAUCCAAUUCAGCAACAAUCAUUUGACUUAACAUCAGCUUCACCUUCUUCUUCAUCUUGCCCAAUGAAGCCUUUCUUUCUCAAGGAUGAAGAUUAAACAUUCACAAAAGAGAAAGUUAGAGAGAGUGCACUCGUGGGCCAUUUCUUUUUCUUGGUUCUUAUUGUUAGUAGCAGGCACAAGAUUCUAGAGACUAUCACUAUCACUUACAAGCAUGCUUAUUCUCGUUUAGAUUUUUUUUUUUUAAAUAUAUAUAUUUAUUUUGUUACUUUUUGGUUUUAUGUUUAGUGUUCUAUUGUCUUCUAAUGAACUGCUAUGUUUUUAGUUUAAUAGUUGGCCAGAGUAGCAGGAGACAGUUUGGUGAUCUCCUCUUCAUUGGGUCCAUCAUCCAUCAGGGGCUCUGUUUUUUGGCCAAGAGGAUGGCAUGGAAGCACAUUCUAUUUUUCAUAUUUCACAUCAACUUUUAGCUUCCCACCAUACUGUGUAAUAUAAUCUUCAUUGUUACAUUAUAUAUUUUCUUUCUAUUUCCAUGUGUUUUGGUCCACGAACAA